UCGGAGUAGCCUACCUUUUCCGAAACCCAUUUCCCCAAUUUUUACUAAAUUCUUACCUAAAAAAAAUCCAUUACCCUCAAUUGUUACAAAACCCCCGAAUUGGAAAAUGGCUCAGAGUCCAACAACAGAUGCUGAGCUCCAGCAUCUGUAUAAUGUCCUCAAAAGGCUCGCAGAAUUUGAAGACUACUUCGGUGAAUUGAAGAGCAUGAACUGGACGGAUGACGAAGGUAAUGCCUUGAACAGAGCGUUGGGUUCUACUUCUGAGGCAAAGACUAUUUUGUGGAAACGCUUCUUUCAGAUCUUUUCUCCAAUUUUGAAAAAGAAUAAAAUUGGGACCAUUCCUGCGUUGGAAGAAGCAAUUUCUGCCCAAGAUUGGCACAUAAUCAACUUUCUUGGAGAAUACGCUACUUCUACCUCCUCUGUUCUGGUCAAUGGGGCCACUUCUAACUCCUCUGCUUUGGUCAAUGCAACAUCCACAUUCGCUCCUCCAUACACAUUCAGUCCACCAUUCACUCCUCCAUCAACAUGCAAUCCUCCGUCCAUCAAACGAAGAUGUUUCGAAACCGCCCAAAAAUGGCUGAUUGGCAGAGGGUCCGUUUUCGCCAAACUGGGGACUUCGGUUGUUGACCUGAUUCUCAUGGUUUGGCUUGCAAAGGUCAUGUGGAAUCCGAGGAGGAUUAAAGAAAAGAGUAGCAAAGCUACAAAUAACAGUGGCAUAUCAAAUGCGAGCAAUGUCAGUGCCAAUGACAGCACCAAGCGAGACGACAAACAGAGAGAGGAUGAAAAUAUACUUGCCACAAGGAUCGCUGCCAUGGGCCUAGAACAAAUUUUGGAAGAGUCUGUUCAUAUUGGCUCCUUCCCGUAAAGGGCUAUUGACUCGGGAAAGCAUUUUUUUCAGUAGAUAGAUAAGAGUUGAGGCAGUUUAGUAUGAUGUUUA